AUGGAAGAAAAAGCCAUCGGCGCCUCCUCGGCCGUCGAUGUCGAAACGGCCAAAUCAAUGGCCAUCGACCCGACGCUAGAGAAGCACGCGCACGAUGCAGACGAGGCGAUGAAAGCAUUUGACGAACUGCAAGGUGAAGCGAUCGAGUUGGACGAAGCGACAAAUAAGAGGUUGUUGAGGAUUAUCGAUUGGCAUAUGAUGCCGAUUAUGUGUUGUAUUUAUGGGAUGAAUUACUUGGAUAAGACUACGCUUUCGUAUGCGAGCAUUAUGGGGAUUAAAAAGGAUUUGAAUCUUGUCAAGGAUCAGUAUCAGUGGCUGAGCAGUUUGUUCUAUUUUGGAUAUCUGGCGUGGGAGUAUCCCACUAACCGCCUGCUGCAGCGGUUGCCGUUGGGCAAGUACUCUGGUGCCUGUAUUUUGAUUUGGGGCAUUAUUUUGAGCUGUUUCGCGGCUGUUGAGAGUUACUCGGGGGCUAUUGCUAUUCGAUUCUUCUUGGGGGUGUUCGAAGCGGCGGUUACGCCUGGCUUUGCGCUGCUCACUUCGCAGUGGUACACGAAGAGAGAACAAGGUAGUCGCGUGAACAUCUGGUUCAGCUUCAACGGUGUCGGUCAGAUUCUUGGUGGUUGCGUCGCCUAUGGGAUCGCCGUUGGCUCUGCCAAACAUGGAUCUGCUAUCGCGCCGUGGAAGAUCAUCUUCCUGUUCACCGGUCUGUUGACGGUCGCUCUCGGCCUGGUUUUCCUGUGGAUUGUGCCGGAUAACCAGUUGAAUGCGCGCUGGCUGAAGCAGGAGGAUCGUAUUUUGGCUAUUGCUCGAGUGCGCAUCAAUCAGCAGGGUAUCGGUAACAAGCACUUUAAACUUUACCAGGUCAAGGAAGCCCUCCUGGACCCGAUGAGCUGGGCGUUCUUCUUCUUUGCGCUCAUUGCGGAUAUUCCAAAUGGCGGUAUCACCAACUUCUUCAGUCAACUGCCCCACAAGAUCAGCAGCUUCGGGUUCACUGCAGAGGAGAGUCUGAUUCUGGGUGUUCCAGGCGGUGCCGUUGAAGUUAUUGCUUUGCUGCUCAACGGUUACAUGUGCUAUAAAACCGACCAGCGUAUCCUUUGCAGUCUGGGCGGACUUGUAUCCGCCCUGGUCGGAAUCAUCCUCAUCGUUGCGCUGCCUGAGGGUAACAACGUAGGCCGUCUGAUUGGAUACUACAUGACCCAAGCCAGCCCAACAGCCUUUGUAGCUCUUUUGUCGAUGAUCUCCUCCAACGUGGCGGGAUAUACCAAGAAAACCACGGUUGCCGCCAUGUACCUGAUCGGGUACUGUGUUGGGAACAUUAUCGGCCCCCAAACCUUCCGUCCGAAAGAUGCCCCGCGCUACGUCCCCGCUGAAAUCACCAUCAUCGUUUGCCUGGCCGUGUCCAUCGGCAUCAUGUGCUUCAUCUUAUGGUGGUAUCGUAAGGAGAAUGCUCGUAAAGCUGUAAUCCAGUCUCGUCCUGACUACGUACGACUGGCAAAUCAGGAGUCAGUUGCCUAA